AUGGCGAGUGUCGCACUGCUCGCUGUCUUCCUUCUGUCCGGCAGUUUCCCUGCCCGAGCCCAGGACACCAGAACCGACCAGGCUGGGUCCGUCCUGCGGGAGUAUGUAGACAAGGGCUACUGUACCUAUACCUAUGUGGUUCCGCCUGGGUCCCGUACUGAGGGCUGCACGCCGCCGGGCCUCGAGCGGCAGCUCGCCGAGACCAAGGAGGAAACGGGCCGCUUGAAAAAUCAGGUUGAUCGCUUGACGUCGCUGGUGGAAACCUUACUGAGUCAACAAUCGGAUCUCACGUCCAGGGUGGACAGUUUGUCUGCUGAACUGUCAAAGGAAAAGAUCAGGAGUGCACAGCUGGAACAGAACCUGACACAGGAGCUACAAGAACAAGAAACACGUCUCCGAGCACAGUGUGCCUGUAAGCGGCUGGUACCGGGUGGUGACGUCAUCUCUACAACUACAGCCACCCUGCCCAGAGAGCGGACGGCAACAACCCAGCCCAGUACCCCCCCUCCUGCUAAAGAGUCUACGGGCCCUGUAACCGACGCCAAGGACGACUGUACUGAGUACCAUUCAUCAGGAGUGACAACAAGUGGAGUCUACAGAAUCGGCCUCCUCCCCGCUGAUGUGGAGGCGUACUGUGACAUGGACACUGCAGGAGGCGGUUGGACCGUGAUCCAGCGGCGGCAGGACGGGUCGGUUCCCUUCAACCGGACCUGGGAGGAGUACAAACUGGGCUUUGGGAACAAGAACGGGGAGUACUGGCUGGGGAACGAGAACAUCCACCUCCUGACCAAUCAGAAGAACUAUCGCCUGAGGAUUGACCUUUUGGACUGGAACAACGAAUCACGCUACGCAGAAUACAGCACCUUCAGGGUGUCCGGUGAGUCUGACCAGUACCGGCUGCACAUUUCCGGGUAUUCAGGCACCGCGUCAGCCUCCAUGGAUUACAACAACGGGCGGAGGUUCUCCACUGUGGACAGGGACAAUGAUGGCUCGAGCAAAUACCAUUGUUCCCAGCGAGACGGACAGGCCGGCUGGUGGUUUGGGUACUGCAGCAACUCCUUCCUAAACGGCCGCUACCUGGGCAACUGUGGGAGCUCCUGUCCGAUGUGGCAAGGUGUGGUGUGGGAGGGCUGGAGAGGCUAUCAUUACUCCCUGAAGUCUGUGUCAAUGAAGAUCAGACCAUAAACAACAUGCCAUUGGAUAACUUAUAUUAAAGACAUAGAUUCAUUAGAAUUUUCAUUUUCAUUACAGAAAUCUGGAGACAACAUUUACUAAGAACGCAAAACUUAAGGAAAUGCAUUUUUAAAUUCUUAAAAUGAUGCAAUUAUUAUCAACUUAUUUCAUAACUUUAUAGAUUA